UCCUGGCUCUCCCGGCCGCCGCCGGAAGCAUGGGCGCGGGCUGGGAGCUGGGGGCUGCGGCGGGGCGCUCGCUGCUGCUGUGCGCCGCGCUGCUGGUCGGGGGCUGCGCGCUGGGCCUGCGCCUGGGCCGCGGGCGGGCGGCGGCGGACCGCGGCGUGCUCGCCUGGCUGUGCUAUGACGCCCUGGUGCACUUCGCCCUGGAAGGCCCUUUUGUCUACUUGUCUUUCGUAGGAAACAUCGCAGAUUCCGAAGGCUUGAUUGCUUCAUUGUGGAAAGAAUAUGGCAAAGCUGAUGCAAGAUGGCUUUAUUUUGACCCAACCAUUGUGUCUUUGGAAAUUCUGACUGUUGUCUUGGAUGGGUCUCUGGCAUUGGUCCUCAUUUAUGCCAUAGUCAAAGAGAAAUAUUAUCGGCAUUUCCUACAGAUUACCCUGUGCGUGUGUGAAUUAUAUGGCGGGUGGAUGACCUUCUUCCCGGACUGGCUUAUGGGAAGCCCCAACCUCAACACCGACAGUUGGCUCUACUUUGGGGUCUAUCUGGUAUUUUUCAAUAGUGUGUGGGUUCUGAUCCCAGGACUGUUACUGUGUCAGUCAUGGGUAGAACUCAAGAAAAUGUAUUACAAAGGAACCAGUUCAGGGAAAAAGUUUCAGUGACUUUUCAAAAUCACAAACACUGAUUUCUUGCUUUAUAAGCCAGAAUGAAUCAAACCUUCUUGUUUGGCCAAAAUGUAAUGCAUUCCAGUGUAUACUUCCCUUUUAUAGUGUUGUUCCUCAGCAGCUUAUUUCAAAUUGAUUGCAAGGUGGCAAGUCUUUGUUUUUGUUUUUUUGUUUUUCAAUUAAAUGACAAUAUGGGGAACAGAGAGUAAAUUUUAACUUGUAAUAAUAACAUGUUUAAUUAUACACUUUUAUGGCUCUAUUAGUUGUUCCACAUUAUUAAAGCCAAUUAUCAUAAAAUGCUAUAGAGCAUAUUAUAUUAAUUUUUUAUUUCAAGAACAUAUUGUUGCCUCAGCUUUUUUAAAAAUGUAAAUAAAUCCAAGUUAGUUAACAUAUAGUGUAAUAAUAAUUUCAGAAAUAGAAUUUAGUGACUCAUCACUUGUCUCAGCGUUUAAUCAUCUCACUUAUCUUUCGGUUACCAAAGUGAGACCAGACAUGAAAUGAAUGCUUCUAUUUUACAUUUGUCCUUUAUCAAAUUUGUGAAGCCAACAGAUAUGAUAGUAGCAGAACCCUGUGAGUAGAUUAGAAAUGGACCAAGUUUCACACAGAUAGGUGACACAAAAGGAUACAAAAAGCUGCAAUAAGUUUGCACUAAAAGUACUCUGUUCAUCAAGUCACCACUAAGAGAGUGGAAAAGGAACCCAGAAGGUAGAAGGUAUUUGCAGUACAUAUUACUGACAAAGGACCCAUCCUGAAUAGUUAAAGAACUCCUGUAAGUCGAUUAGAAAAUCAAAUCGAAAGUUAACAAAAUAUUUGUUUUUUGUGGUUUUUUUGUUUUUUAAUUUUUUUAAUAUUUAUUCAUUUUUGAGAGAGAGAGACGGAGCUCAAGCAGGGGUGGGCAGAGAGAGAAGGAGACAGAAUCCCAAGCAGGCUCCAGGCUCUGAGCUGUAAGCACAGAGCCAGACGCAGGGCUCGAACCCACGAGCCAUGAGAUCAUGACCUGAGCCGAAGUCAGACACUUAACCGACUGAGCCACCCAGGCGCCCCUUAACAAAAUAUUUGAAUAACUACUUCAUGAAAGAGAAUAUACAGAUGAGAAUUUAGGAAACCACAAUAAGGUGUUCCUCCACACCUAUCAAAAUGGUAAAAGUGGGGCACCUAGGUGGCUCAGUUGGUUAAGCGUUCGACUUCAGCUCAGGUCAUGAUCUCACAGUUUGUGGGUUCAAGCCCUGUGUCGGGCUCUGUGCAUCAGGCUCUGUUCUGAGAGCUCAGAGUCUGGAUCCUGCUUCAGAUUCUGUGUCUCUCUCUCUCUCUCUCUCUCUCUGCCCUUCCCCCACUCAUGCUCUUAUCUCUCUCUCAAAAAUAAAUAAACAAAAUGCUAAAAGUGAAAAGACUGACAAUGAGGAGUGUUGGUGACGAGGUGGAACAAGAACUCUCAUGCAGCGCCGGUGGGAACGUAAAGUGGAAAACUGUUUAGAAAUAGCUAUUAAAACUGGACGUGUACGCGCUUAGAACCCAGUAAUCUGACUCUUAGGUAUACACCUCCCAGAAGUGCUUACUAUAUGCACCAGAAUGGCAGCAUUAUUCAUUUAAUAACCCCAAGCUGGAAACACCUUAAAUGAAUAUAUUGUAAUACAGACACACGGUGGACUAGAAACCAAUGCAAAUUAACAACUAGUGUUACUCACGACAAUGCAGAUGAAUUUUACAAUGAUGAACAAAAGAAGCCAGACUAAAAGAAUAUGUAUUGUAUGAUUUUGUUUAUAUAAGGUCCCAAACCAGGUAAAACUGUGGUGUUAGAAAACAGGAUAGGCUCAGUCAGUUAAGCAUCAGACUCUUGAUUUCUGCUCAGGUCACAAUCUCACAGUUCUGUGCUGACGCCACAAGGAACCUGCCUGGUAUUCUCUGUGUCCCUCUACUAAGUAAACUUAAAACAAAAAAGAAAAAGGAAGAAGAAAACAGGAUAAAGGUUGCCCUUGGGGAAGACAGUUGGAUGUACUGAUAGGGAGAAGUCAUGAGAGGAUUUCUGAGAUGUUGUUAGUCUAUUUAUUUUUCAUUUGCAUGGUGGUUAUAAUCUGAUCAUUCAGCUGUACACUUACAAAUGGUACACUUCUCUCUAUAUAUGUUCUGCUUCGAUUUUAAGUUUAUUUUUAGAAACUUUUUUUUUUUAUUUUAGAGAGAGACAGAGACUAUGAGUGGGGGAGAGGGACAGAGGGAGAGAGAGAGAAUCCGAAGCAGGCUCCACGCUUGGUGCAAAGCCCAGUGUGGGGCUUAAUCCCACGUUCUUGGGAUCAUGACCUGAGCUGAAAUGGAGAGUCAGACACUCAACCGACUGAACCACCCAGGCACUCCUUAAAAGUUUAUUUUUAAAAAUCCCUGGUAUGAAGACCUGGAAAAUGUCUUCAGUGGACCCUCAUGAAGAGGACACUGUGUCCUUGACAACAGAUUCAGUGUAACAGGCUGUUUCUAACAGUGUCCCCGAUGUGGGCAGAAGGCAGGAUGCCAGAGGGAGAGUCUGUAAAAGCCUUUCCAUGAGGGAUUACCUAGUUGUUUCCGGAACUUUGCUCUCUGCUGAUCUGGCUCAAUCCAAGGGUGAACAGAGUGGGGAAAAAUGGAUGGGCCGCAACCCUGCAGGCAGUCCUGAAAACAUGAUGUCUCUCAACAGUUUUUGCUGAGUGCUGAAUGGGAGAGAAAUGGGGAUUACAGACUUUGACAGGAACUUGGAGUACAGAUACACGCUGCUGCCAAAGAAGGACAGAUCUCAAUGUUUUAGCAGUUAAGUGAGUUGGCGAGAAACGGUGUCCCAGUGUGAAAGUCUAACAUAUCCUGAUAGAAGCCCUUCUCCCCAUCAGAGAGAGGUGGGGGCAAGGUGCCAAGGCAAUACUGUGUUUCACUGGUGCUAAGAUAGAUUUUUUCCUCCAUAUUUUAAUAUUUUAAAAAUUAGAAUGCAUUUUAUGGUUGCCGUGCCUCAGUUCGUUGGCUGUGGGUUUUUUUUUCUAUCAAAGUAUGAGGCAUCUUAUAAUUAAUGGUAUCUUAGAUUCAAUUAAAGAAGUCACUAUCUUCAGUGUUGUUCCUUCAAGCCUCAGUAUCUCCAACUACUUGGAGGUGAUAGUUCAAAUUUACUUUAAAAGUCUAAAUUUUGGAGGCGCCUGGGUGGCUCCAUUGGUUGAGCAACCCACUCUUGAUUUCGGCUCAAGUUGUGAUCCCAGGGUCGUUGGAUCGAGCCCUGUGCCGGGCUCCAUGCUGAGCAUGGAGUCUUCUUUGGAUUUUCUCGCUCCCCCUCCCCUCCCUAAAUCAAUAAACAAAUGUCUAAAUUUUGCUUGGGGCCUUAGGGAUCACUUACUUGCAUACUCCCCUCCACCCCUCCUUCCAUCCCUUCACAUUUGUUCCCUGGGAACCAAGCACACAAGACAGGCUUGGAGGAAUACAUAAAAUGAUUUGUGGUAGGUUAUUAAUUGCUUAUAUUGUAGGUAACCAGAUUCCUGCAAACAGGCUGUCCCGUCCCCAGUAUUAUUUACACUGUAAAUUUCCUUUGCAGAUUCUUCCUUUCCAGGUAACGUUGAGGCAGAUGAUCAGCAUAACCAAUCUAAAUUCACGGUGUAAGUGAUCGUUUCCUUGCAUUUAAUUAUGUCAACUCUACAACUCCUGGAGUCCUAGCACCAGGGCUCCGGGAAAGGUGCACAGAUUGCAGAGUAUGAAAUUGUAAAAUAAUACUUUGUCAGAGACAGGUUUGAUUGAAGACAAAAUGCAAAAAGUUUGGGGAAGAAUCCUUUGUUUAUUUUAAAAUUAUUAUUGGGGGCACCUGGGUGGCUCAGUCGGUUUAGCGUCUGACUUCGCUCAGGUCAUGAUCUCGCGGUCCGUGAGUUCGAGCCCCACGUCGGGCUCUGUGCUGACGGCUCGGAGCCUGGAGCCUGCUUGGGAUUCUGUGUUUCCCUCUCUCCCUGCCCCUCCCCUGCUCACUCUCUGUCUCUCUCUGUCUCUCAAACAUAAAUAAACAUUAAAAAAAAUUUUUCUUUUUAAUUAUUAAAAUCCACGAACAUUUUCUUGUUUGUUAUGGAAGCUAGAGUUUGAAUCUAAGGAUAAAUCAUAUAUAAAGAGAAUAAUUGGGCAAGGCUUGCAUGAACAAGGUAAACUGUUGCUAUCUUUAAUUUUAGUUAAAUGCCUGUGAGGUAACAGGGAGGGCCUGGCAGGCCUAAGCAUAAUGUGAGCUAACGGUGAGGCUUCUCCACCUACUGCCCUUUUAGAAUCUCUACACCUUCCCUUCCCCCUUUCCAUUGCUUGACACAGACCCCAGACCUAACAAAAUCCAUUUCCCAUCACCACUUCAUUGUAGGAAACAAAUCGCAUCCAUUAAUUAAUCUUAAGGUAUCAAUAAUUGAUCCUAGUGUGAUGUAUUACCCUUCCCAAGUGUAUUUGCAUAAAAAAUGUAUUACACAACUGAUACAUUUUCAUUGCUGAGAAAUGGAAAAUUCAGAUAAGCAAAAAGAAAACAAACAUGCCCAGUAUCAUCAGGAAGAACCAUUAUUACAAAUUUAGUUUCUGUUUCUCAAGCUCUUGUCUGUGCAUGUAUUAACAUUUUGGGGAGACUUCAACCUUUGAAGUAGGGCGUUCACACCCCUUCCUUCCUCUCUCUCCCUUGCCCUCAGCUGAUCAUCAAGAAGCAGCGGUCCUACAGAACCAGCUGUGGAUAGUAUUACAGAACAUGGCCCCAUUCUUGAGAAAUCCAUGCACUUACAGAGGUUGAUAGGUAGCAGUUAUCAUUUAUUUUUGGAAACUAGUUUCCGUUGAUGCUUAUGUUGACACAGAUCAAGUUGACAUCUUAAAAUAUUUGAUUGGCCACAUCCCAGCUCUUCAAGGGAGGGAUCAACUGUGCUGAGCCUGCUGCAGUAUUACGUCCUACGUGUUUAAUCCCUGCCCUUCCAGAAGCCUUCCUCAGUCCCUUUAGAGUCAGAGGCAAAGACUGAAUUCUUGCAGCCCUUGUCUGUGUCCCUUAAAUGGCCCUGGGUGGCCUUGUAUUGUUAUUUUUGACAUCCACCUUCACAACUGCACAGGGGCCUCGAGGCCACACUUAGAAUCCUAGAUUCUUGUACUGCUUAAGGGAGCCUUGGAGAGGUCCACCCAAGGAGGCUCAAGAGGGCUUAGAUAACUGCCCAAGGCCACAUAGCUUUUAAGUGAGGUAGGACCCAGUGUUCUUUCUAUUCCAGCAGUGUUAGACAUAUUCCCAGAGCUUAUAAGUUAUGAAGUUAUUCAACUUUGCUUAUUUUUUUAUGAUCUAAAAAAUUUGGCCUAAAAUGGCUUUCUGAUCAUCUGAGUCUAUUUGUUAAACUUGAGUCGUCUCUCAAUUUCAUUGUUUGGCUUUGUGUUUUGUAUUGUCCUGUUAGUACUUCUCACUGGUUGGACCAAGAGGUCAGGUGACAGCAAUUAACUUAUAUAAUGCAGUGUGUUUUUUAGGGAGAGGGGUGACAAAGUAGAGGACACUCGGGGGUCCCCACUUUUCCAAAUUUGAGCAACACCACAGAAUAGCUCACUACUUGUCCCCUGCAAAUGUGUUUGUUGAUGAUGCAUUUCAGUAAAAAGUAAAUGAAACAUUUUGUUUGGCUUCUCAUUUCCGAUUCAUGGUACUGUACUGACAGUAAAAGGCGAACAAAUUUUUGGCAUUUUUUUAUUACAUUUUGGGGAUUGGACUGAUAGUGGUACCUGCGAACAUGAUCUCAUUAGUGAGAACUUACGAACUGGAAGCAAGACAUGGAUGUCACUGGUGUCCCCAUGAGCGCCCACGAUUUAAACUGUCUUCGUAAAUUCAGUGCCUGUCCCAGGACGGACCACAAAUAUUCAUGCUCCCUGUAACAGUGACAUCUGGUGGCCCCAGAGUAAUAGGACAGCAGUUGAGGCCGUGAUCUGUGGAUUUGGGGGAGAGAAGUUUAUUUUAUGUCAUAUAGCAGCUGCCACUCACCACAGGAGCUGCUCCCCUUUCCCUGGGAGCCCCUCCCCAUGACACACUUCUCCCUGAUCACCGCACAUCCAGUUAGCACCUCUGGCCCAAGAACCCUUCAACAUCAUCCCCACUUCCUCGGGGCACUGUCCUCCCAACUGAGCAGUGGACAAGCUAAUGAUAACAGCCUGCGUGGGAAGAAGUGCACUUACCUGUGGGGCCUUGUCAGCUGCCAUUGGUCAUGUUAGGCCGGGCCUGGCCUGGAUUCUGGUGCUCGAGGACCUGUGAUUUACUGCCUCCCUGGGCAGCAGGUGGCCAGGGUAUUUUUAGUGUCUGGGGCCUUUAGCAGGUUUGGGUGGGGGUAGGAAGCAAAGGUGAGGCCUCGGGGAUUCAGCUCUUCCAAGGUUUAAGUUCAAAGCCUCCCACUUGUGGGGUCUCUUCCUUAACUUCCUGUGGGCUUUCAGGCUCCUGGUACAGGGGUCUUCACUUCAGAAACCAUGUAUGUUUUCUUGCAUGUCUUUGCCUUUUUCCUUUUCCUAGCCAGUCAGGAAGCACGAGCUGGAGACUGCGAUACCUUUGGGAUGCCCAGGUUGUUUGGUAUCUAGGAAAGCAACUGAAUAUUAUUAACGCCCUGAGUGCAUACUCAUUCCAUUUCAAAGCACUUCUCCGUGCACUGUGUUAUUGGAUCCUCACGAUGAUCCCGUGAACCCUGUGGUCAGCAACUAUCAUCUAUCUUCCUUGUACGGGAGAACCUGGUGGAGAAAGGUGAGUGAUCGCCCGAUGCCACAGGACGUGCACACGGUGGAACCUGAAGCUGGGCUGUCCUGGCUUUGCCACCAGCCGUGCUGAGUUAGAACCCACUUGUGUUGCUCACCAGUGUUGGGAUUCAGGGGAAGAUGUUUAACUUCUCUCCUUAUCCCCAAACUGAGAAUCGUGGUCCUUGGCACAUACAGCUGUGAGGAUGUCUAAUAAAAUACGCAAUAAGCUGUUCUCAUCCAAAUGAAAGCUCACACGGUCAGGAGCCUGGCUGGCCCAGUCGGUCAAGCAUCUGACUUCGGCUCAUGUUCUCACGGUUCGUGAGUUCGAGUCCUGCUUCAGGUGAGCUUGAGCCCUGCUUUGGGUGAGCCCUGGCAUCUCUCUCUCUCCCUCUCUCUCUCUCCCUCUCCCACUCCCCCCUCACUCAGUUGUGCCCUCUCUCUCAAAAAAAAAAAAAAAAAAAAUCUCACACAUUUAUUUGGCUUUGUAUGUGUCCAGGGCCAGGCCCUAAAUAUAUGACACUGCCGCUGCCCUCACACGAGAGACAAUCUCCGAACCAACUAUUAAACUCACCAGGUGCUCAAACCUGGGGCUUCCAAGCAGGCACAUCAGAGAGAGAAAAAAAGGUAAAAAUGGAAAAGGCUGCGUGCCCAGAUGCUUUGUCAAUCGGACCCCCCGAACCUGGAUUUGAGUUCCCUGGUACAACUAUUUGGUGCUGCAAAUGCUUUUGUGAUGCCUUGUCCUUGGCAUCUGUUUCCUUUCCAAGGAAAGAUUCUGUCUGCGCUUCAGGGAAGAGCUGGACCCCCUGGGCUUGUCCUCUCCACAGCUGCCCCAGCAUCCCUGGAGCCCAGGCAUGCCUCCGUGAGCCUCGAGGUCUCCAGCUGAUGGGGAGGGGCUGCUGUCAGUGUGAUCCUGGUGUUUGACACCAUGGAUCUGUGGGCCCACUGGGUUCCAGCCUCCCGGCUGGGUGCCUACAUACCUUUUCACUGGAUCACUCCCUGCUUUUCUUUGUUUAGUGAGCCAUUUCCCUGGGGGGUGGGCAGAAUCUGUCUCGAGCCUCAGCUCAUUUGCCUGUUGACCCUGAAAGCCUAAGUAGACCUAGCCAGUGAAGAGGACCUUGGCGGUCAGUGGUGGUGUUGGUGCCGACAUAUAAGGAACCGGGUCCUUUCCCUGUGAGUACUGGCCCCCAGUUCCCUCCCGGCCCCCAUGCUGAAAGUGGUUGUUGUCCAUAACUCAGUAGUUCAAUGUCAUAUUCUGUGUAGAAAGAGUUCCAUGGUUGUGAUCAGUCUCUAAGAUCGGUGAUUCCCAUCAUCAUAUUAAGAGCUCUGAGAUGUCCUCUAGUGGAAAAACCUGUUUAAUUUCAUCGAACCCAGGAUUUCCCAAGUUUGUUGGACCAUGGAGGCCUCUUUUCAAGUCAACAGCACUUCCUGUCCUUCAGAUUAGAGCUCCACAGAACCCACUUUGGGAAGCAUAGCUACCUCCUGAGAGCUGUCAGCUGCCUUGACUCAUGGCCACAUUCCACCCCAGAUGGCAUCUCCUAGGAUACCGAUCCCUCCCCAAAGUGGACCUGAGCUCAUCCCAUCAUGAGCCAGCCCCGGUUGGCCCAUCUCCCCAGUCCUAAUCCCACUCAGCCCUGGCAUUCUGCCACAUUCCUGUUUGCCUAAUAGCCAUCCUAGGGCAACAGGAGAGGAGAGAGGAUUCUCCUGUGUCUUCCCAUCUUCACUGUCCACUCAGAUCGACACCCAGAGGGUGCAGUUCACCUUCGAGCUGGGAUCCCAUUGGAGAGUGAUCUGCUUGUUUUUCCUGCUUUCUUCCCUUCUGGUUCCUUAUCCUGUGCUUCCUGACUUCUGCUUGGAAUGCCCUGGGUCUGGCAGGAGCCUUUUAUUAGGUGAACAGGUCUCAUACAGCUUCAUUCCUGAUUUGGAAGACUUUAGCCCUGGCUAUCCUGGCUGGCAGUCUGAAAAUGUCUUACUCCAUUUUUGUUUUUUCUUAAAUCCAAACCAGUUGUAGACCACAGCCCUCAAAUAUACCUGUCCUUCCUCUCUGGUUUUCCUCCUGUCCAUAGUCCCACACAGGAUUCUCACCACCCAGUCUCUCCCACCUGUCAACCCUGGUCCAAGAAGAGCCAACACUGCUGCCUGGAUGGGGAUGCUUGUUAUGGGCCUGGGUGUGAUUAGGUCCCAGCGGGUCCUGUCCAACCAAGGUGCAUUUCCCCCUCUGCUUCAUAAUGGUUUCUUCCUCUCUGCUUUGUGAUCAUCAUACUGGAGCCUCUGCUUUGAGUCCAUCCCAGGAUCUCUGGCCUCUGAAUUCCAUUGCCUGCUCUUCGCCUCUUUCUAAAACCUGCUCUCAGCACACCAUCUAAUCCUUGGGUUCACGUUGGAUCAACGAAACAUCGCCAGGAUGGGAAAGAGUUUUGUGGCCAGGGACACCCCAAGAACAUGUGAAAUUGGAAGACCAAGGAAUGUCAGAAUUUUAAAGUGCAAUUUCACACAACUUAAAACUGAGAAGUAGCCAAUGUCACUGUGCUGUCCCCCUCCACAUCCAGGGGGGCAUAUUCCCUUGACAUGACUGCAUUUAUGUUGGACUCUCUUGGGUUUAAAGGGUAAAGCAUACGCUUAAGUAAGGUAGGAUAUCUUUGCCAUCUGCCAUACCUUUCUGAAGCUAUAACCCCUUUCCUUAGCUCAUAAAUGAUUUAAGCUGUUUUCCUGACUCAUACUUGGAAUACCAUCCCUGAGCAUUAUUUUAUAAGCUUGUGAAAUCUUGAUAUAAAACAGUUCAGUGCCUGUGUUAGUCAGCUAGUGCCAAGGGGGUAAAAAAAAAAAAAAAAGAAAAAAAACCCACAAA